AAAGUACCUAAGGUAAGGUACCUCCUGAGUCGUUCUCGACCCUCUUGGAAUUUCUGGGGGGAUUUUUUUCCUUUUCUUUUCUCAUUUUCCCGGACUGAUUUUAUUUGAUUUUAUUUGAUUCCCCCCCCCCCCCCCCUUCGUUAUUUUUCCCUCCCCAUCAACAAACUAAGCAUCUAUCCGAUCACGAACUGUGUGAUCUCCCCCGCUGACCGUUACAAAGAGUUUUUCCCCCAAAUUUUUCUCAUUUUUUUUAAUCCCCCUUCUCGCACCAACAAUCCGUCCCGCCCUCCUCUCCUUUCUCUCCACCUCUCUCGCCACACCCGGCCAUCCCCCCAUCUCCCUUCUGUUAAGGCAACCCCCCCCAUCACGCACGCGUAACGCCCACGUCCACGCUCAUCUCUAGCGACCCUCUCGCCCGCGAUCGCAAUGGCGCCCACUAGACCUGCGCGCAAGGAGAACAGCGCCGCUGCUGAAGCUGAUGAUACUCCGCCGGUCAAGCGCGGUCGCGGCCGUCCCCCCAAGAACGGCGUAGCCGCCAAAGCGAAGCCUGCCCCUACUGGUCGUCCUCGUGGCCGCCCCCCGGGGAGCGGCAACAACAAAGUCACCAAGUCGGCCGCCACCCCCAAAGCCAAGGCCAAGCCGGCGACCACGACCACCAGCGCUCCCGGCACCGGACGCGGCCGUGGACGUCCUCGCAAAUCUGAGGCUUCCUCGGCUGGCCCGACCCCGAAAAAGGCUACCACUCCUAAGACUGGCGCCGGCAGAGGCCGUGGCCGACCGCGCAAGAGUGAGCCGGCGCCCGCGGAGGACGCGCCCGCCGAUGAGGAUAUCAAUGAGCAGCUCGAGGACGAGCUCGAAGGUGAUGGCGCGGCCGAAGAUGACGACGUCGCCAUGGACAACGCCGUCGGUAGCCCAGAUGACGAUGCGGCGGAAGACAGCAGCCUGGGCCCCCUUCAAGAAGACGAUUAGAACCCUGAUCCGCCGGCCUCUUAUCUCAGAGGCCUCCUAUCCAGUGUUUUCCCUUGGACGGGCAGCGGCACGCCUACGAGAGGCUCUCGCGGCGCUCUGGGGCAUUGACAUGCAGGCGUGCGAUGAGGCCUGUCGAUGUCAAGUUGUAUCGACUUUCGAUGGGAAAAUGAGCAUUGACGCCGCACUUAGGCCCGUUCGGUUGGCUGUGGGUGUGGCAUAUGAGUAACAUUGAUAGCAGAGAGAGAGAGUAGAGAGAGCCAGAGGGCGAGGAUAAUGGCUUGGCGUUGCGGAUCGGAAGUCUGGCUUGUACACGUAUUUUAGCAGUGACAGAAGCAGUGAUGACCCCGGUUAAUCACGACGCGUGCUCUCUUAUCUGAUUUAGUUAACGGGCCCUUCACGUCGGUUGUAGACGGAAUACACGAAUUUGAUCACGUCGCC